GGCUGCAUCUCCGUCGGAAAGGACGCUCACCACAUCCCUGCGGCCUCGCGGGAGCGUUCUGUCUCCCACAGCUUGGAAAGGGAGACGUCCUAACUGUGAAGUGGCUGUGGAGUAGAGCCCGGGAAACCGCACAGUUGGACAGGGACCUAGAGGGUGAGAGCCGGUCGUGCCGGUCACCCGAGGACCGCACUCACCGGUGGGGACGCAGCAUCCCCGAGGUUGCUGACGCGCCCUCCCCGCCGCGCUCCUGCUAGGCACCGCCAGCCCAGAGGACCGUGAGAGCACUGCGAACCCGCGGUGGCCGCCGGAAUCCCGGAGCUGCCGGGAGCUCCCGGCGCUUCUCUGCAAACUUUUCCCCAGCCCACGUGCUAGCGAGGCGACUCGCUUCCCCAGCCCGGGAUGGAGCGCCGCGCCUAGGCACGCCGCACCGUCCGAAACGUUCGAGGCUUGAGAGAUGCUGACGGCGCCGAACUGACCAGAGCGUGGCCGCCGGGCUAGUGGCCACUCUCCCUCUGCGUCUUCCGUAGCAGCGCGGUGGGCGCCGGCUCCUCGGAUGAGCUAUCCAAUUCCCCGACUUUGAGAGGCGACUCUCCCCCGCCCGACCGCCCAGAUGCAGUUUCGCCUCUUCUCCUUUGCGCUCAUCAUCCUGAAUUGUAUGGAUUACAGCCACUGCCAAGGAAACCGAUGGAGACGCAGUAAGCGAGCUAGUUAUGUAUCAAAUCCCAUUUGCAAGGGUUGUUUGUCUUGUUCAAAGGACAAUGGGUGCAGCCGAUGUCAACAGAAGUUGUUCUUCUUUCUUCGAAGAGAAGGCAUGCGCCAGUAUGGAGAGUGCCUGCAUUCCUGUCCAUCCGGAUACUAUGGACACCGAGCCCCAGAUAUGAACAGAUGUGCAAGAUGCAGAAUAGAAAACUGUGAUUCUUGCUUUAGCAAAGACUUUUGUACCAAGUGCAAAGUAGGCUUUUAUUUGCAUAGAGGCCGCUGCUUUGAUGAAUGUCCAGAUGGUUUUGCACCAUUAGAUGAAACCAUGGAAUGUGUGGAAGGAUGUGAAGUUGGACAUUGGAGUGAAUGGGGAACUUGUAGCAGAAAUAAUCGCACAUGUGGAUUUAAAUGGGGUCUGGAAACCAGAACACGGCAAAUUGUUAAAAAGCCAGCAAAGGAUACAAUACCAUGUCCAACCAUCGCCGAAUCCAGGAGAUGUAAGAUGGCCAUGAGGCAUUGUCCAGGAGGGAAGAGAGCCCCAAAGGCAAAGGAGAAGAAGAACAAGAAAAAGAAGAGGAAGCUGAUAGAAAGAGCCCAGGAGCAACACAGUGUCUUCCUAGCUACAGACAGGGCUAACCAGUAAAAUAAAAGACAUGUAGGGGUAGAUUUUGGGGUGGGGGGUGUUUUUGCCAAAGUGCACAAAGCUACUCUCCACUCCUGGACACCGGUGUACAGCGUUUUGCGCUGCUGUGACCAGUGUCUGUUCCCAGUAACGUUGUGAAAGGAGGAGCCACGAGCGUGGUCUCUGUUAUUUAUGCUUUGAUUUGCAUCUGGAAACUGUGAAGGCAGGAGUUUGGGGUCCAGCAUGUGCCUCGGCUCCAUGUGCACCGAGGGAUUAUGGCACCACGGAGGGGCAAGAGCUGUGAGGCCACGGAGCACCCCUGGAGACCAGACGUGCAUAUUUACGGGAAAGAAGACACUCCGCAGGCAGUGGUGUUUCACGGGUGACCUUGAUUUCUCACAUUGUGCAUUCGCAAGGAUAAAUGCUUGCGGGGCUCUGCUUUGAGCUGGGGGGGGCGCACUCCGGGAAUUCCUGCUCAGCUUCACGGCAGCUCCCACUUGUACAUAUUCUGUGGGGCUACAUAUAAACCUCUUACUUACUGUAUAUUUAUGCUUUCCGAUGUGUAACAAGUCAUACCUGAUUAAUAUUAUGUCACUUUGUUUCUAGUGGUUCCUAACCAUCGUCCAGUAAAUGGCUGUUCUAGAUUUGCGAAUUGACCAAUGUUUUGUUGCCCCUUUUCUUUUUUUUUUUUUUUCGGGCUUAUUUCUCAUUGUAAGAAUAGGAUAAGCUAGUUUGUACAUAGGCUCAAAUGACCAGUGUCAAAGCAUUUGAAUAUCUGUAGACCUUCCCUACUCUGUGUCUCCUCAUGCAGAUAAAGCAGCAGGUGACAGGCAGAAGCUAAAACUCCCUUUAUGUCUAAGAUGUGAGGACUUGAUGAAACAGAACUGAAAACAUGAGCAAUGACCUGCAGUCCCUUCUAGUACUCAUCAUGCUGUUCUACCAGCUAGCUAGGGAAUUUUUUAAACCUGUGUUUCAGACUUCAGUGUG